AUGAGCGAUAUGUUGAAUGACCAACGCAAUGGAACUGCAGAUGUACAUGGGAGCCGUACACACAUCUCAACAGAACCUGAAGAGUUGUACGCACAUGUGAAAUAUCUUCAACACAACGCCACUCUUAUAUAUAAGCGUAGAGAAGGUUGUGUUCUCCUUCAGCGACGUGAGAAAAAAAGAAAGUUCGUAAAUAUUGCAAACAUUCCUGUUUGGUGCAUUAUAAAUGUAGAAACUGUAAGAGAUCGUCAAAUACGAAUAGACCGUCACUUUAAGGAUGAAAAGGAAUCGAAUCCAUUAUUUGCAUUAGAGAGUAUUCAUCGAGGUGGGAUGAUGGAUAAGAAAAAGAAAAAGAUAUUCCAUUCAUUACAGAAAACUCCGCAAAGAGGGGUAGAUGAAACUGUUUACUUACACUCUCGUGCCGUUUCCGAUGUGGGAAUGAAUGAUCCUCAUCAUCAAUCCCCUACGAGUAGUGAAAGUGCCGCAUUGGCAGAAUCCGCAUUUGAUAGCCCAAAAGUAUAUGGAGAGAGUGAUCCUAUUUAUUAUCUACACUACGUUAAACAUCCCUCCAAGUCAUCCCUUACACCUCAGACAUUAGAGUUUAGUUCUCUUCCAGAUAGUGAGAAUCGGGCGGAUGUGCAGUUUAUGGUUCAAACUAUUCUUAGUGAUGUUUACCCACGAGGUGCGAAGCGAUUGAUAUUAUUUGUAAGCCCAAAAUCAGGUUCAGGUAAUGCUAUAAAAACAUGUCAACAACAAGUUAUGCCUGUCUUGCGUUUAACGAGACAUUCACUUAAAGUUAUAGUGACAACUCGUGCCGGUCAUUGUGAAGAUGGUAUUGCAGAUAUCACUAAUAGAAUUAAUGCUAACGAUGUCAUUGUUUGUGUUGGAGGUGAUGGUAUUAUUCAUGAAGCGGUAAAUGGUUUGGAUCGGAGAGGACUUAUAAACUCUUGGAAUUUUGCAGUACCAUCUAGUAUCAAUAAUAAUAAUAUUAAUAAUAGUAGUAGUAGUACAAAAAAUGCAAUACCUCCUGUUGGAGCUUCUGUUCUUGGUGUUGCUAGUAAUACCGAGAGUGAACUUUCAAUGGAGAUGAGAAGAGAAUAUAAUGAAAAUGAAAUGAUUAUAAAUGAAAAAGAAGAAGAAAAGGAUAUAAUAUGUGUAAAUGAACAGAAUGAAAAUAAUAACAGAAGAUCAAGUCUUCCUUUUCUUCACCCCUCAUCCUCCUCUAUGCCAAUGAUUGCAACUAUUCCAGCAGGAAGUGGGUGUGGUAUGGCUAAGACUCUUAAUGUUGUCACCGUGAGAGAAAGUGUUCUUGCGCUUGUACACCUGAAGGCAUGUGUAAAGGAUCUUAUGCGUUUGCGGUUUGAACAUGAACCCAAUGAAAAUAAUAAGAAGAAGGAAGAAAAGAAGAAGAAAGAAAUGAGAGGAAAUGAUAAGAAUCGUGAUAAGUCGUCAAGUAGUUUUGGAGAUGGAUUUACUCCUUUAAGUGGUCUUCUCUCAACAACUGGUAGGAAUGAGAGAGAAGGAGGGUCAGUGAAUGUCUCCUCUGAUGGAAUAGAAAGAAGACCAACAUUUACAAAUCGUAUUGCUUUUAUGUCUACAACUUUUGGUGUUGUGAAUAAAAUUGAUCGGGGAUCUGAGAAACUACGAUGUUUGGGAAAUUGUCGUUUCCUCUUAUAUUCUAUUUAUAUAUUUAUUCGUGGCGUACGUCCAUAUGGAGUACGAUUUCGCUAUUUACCAUGGAAAGGACAUGAAGGACGAGAAUUACAGAAGAUUGAUUCCUCUGAUAAUAUACCAACAGAGAUGGAGUUUCCAUUUUGUACAAUAGACCACACAUGUCUACAUUGUCAAAUGCAUACUCAUGCAACGAAUAGUAAUUAUCAUACUUAUCAAAAUGGUGCGAGUGCGGUAGUAAAGGAGAGAGAAGAAGAAGAAGAAAGAAGAAAAGAAGAAAAAGAAGGUGUAUCAUCUGUAAUCCCUCCGCAGCCGUCUAAUGAAAGAGUAAAGAAUGUAAACUAUGAUGAUGUUAACCUUCCGUGGGUCUCUCUUGAUGGGAAUCACUGCAAUAUCUUUAUUAGCAAUAUUCGUGAAGUGACCAAAGAUGUUAUGAUUGCCCCUUUUGCUCAUAUGAGUGAUGGAGCUAUUGAUGUUGUCUAUUCACAGGAAAAGAAUGUUAAACUUGGUCGAAGACAAUUUUUAAAGUUCUUCUUGGGAUUGGAAAAAGGAAAACACGUUAAACUACCGUAUGUGAGUUAUGUAAAGGCUGAGGCUAUUGAGUUGGAAGCCUUGGAGGGUGGUCUCAUGUCGGAUGGUGAAGUAAUGCCCUUCACAAAGGUGCGGAUAACACCAUUACGUCGUGCUGCUGAGUUUGUGCGGGGAAAGUAA